CGCCCAAACCAAGAUUAGAAAAAGAGAAACAGAUCUGGAGAUGAGGAGAAGGAUGAAAGCAGACUCACUAACACAACACAAAAUGGUGAAAGCAGAUCCUCGUUGACAGUCAUAUCCUUCAAUUGGCGCUACAAUCCCGCUUCAUUUCUACCUGUAACUAGAAAUCAUGGAUGGAGGUACGUCUUGUGCGGUCAUUGAAAUCUUGGUUCAAAAACUGAUGAAGACUUUCAAGGAAGAGUUGUCUCUGAUACGAGGUGUGGAUGAAGAUGCCCAACAGCUGCAGAUGACUUUGGUGAUGAUUCAGGGCUACUUGAACAAUGCCCAGAACUACUCCACCAAAGACGAUGUCAAGACCUGGUUGAGGGAGCUUGAAGCUGUGGCUUUCGGCGCUGAUGAUGUUUUGGACGAACUCAGCUAUCAUCUUCUCCACAACAAAGUCAACAAAAUGAAGACACUCGUGGAUAAGGAUAAGGUACUAUCAUCCUUGAAUCACAUUGGACGUCCACGAAAUACGGCUCCUAAAAUCAAACAAAUCAAUACGCCUUUCGAUUCUAUGAACAAAAAGGCAAUAGGGAGUGGCCUUGAAAGCGUAGUUGUGAAUGCACCUGCUCCUGCCGCCACCUUUGACACUGAUUCAUUCAAUUGUGAUUCAAUCUUUAUUGGAAGAGAUGAUGAUGUGACAAUGCUAGUUGGGAAUCUGAUCCAGAUCCCACAAGAACAGAUAUUCUCCAUCCUUGCAAUUGUGGGAGCGGAUGGGAUGGGAAAAACAACUUUGACUAGGAAAGUUUUUAAUCAUGAAAACCUCAAGGCUCGAUUUGGAUUGUAUAUCUGGGUUCAUGUUUCUCGGAUUUUUGAUCCAGUCAUGCUUUUCGAAACAAUCCUUUCGAUGUUGACUUCAGAAACUACUGAUGGGGUUGAGACUGAGGAAAGUAUCCUCAAAAAGCUUCAACAAGCCUUGAAGGCUAAAACUUAUCUUCUUGUUCUUGAUAAUGUUCGAAAUGAAGAUGAUAGGAAUGGGGGUUUUCCGAAAUGGAAAGACUUCAUAAAUUCCAUAUCAGGAGUUACUUCUACUAAGGGGAAUGUCAUUAUGAUCACUACCGAGAACAAUAAGGUUGCUUCAAUUGUUAACCCAUUUCAUAUUCAUCAUUUGAAUGCCUUAUCACAUGAAGAUUGCUGGUCCAUAAUCAAAACAAAAACUUUUGAAAAUGGAGAUUGCCCAUCAGGAUUUGAGAUCAUUGGAAGAAUGAUUGCAGAAAGAUGUCAGGGUUUGCCGUUAGCUGCCAAUGUAGUUGGGGGAGCACUGUGGGGACGAGAUUGGUUUUCAAUCGAAGAGAAAUGCUUUCCAGAAGUUGAGAGAUAUCAUGGGUUAGAUUUAUUGAGAUUCAGCUUUGAUAGUUGGUCUUCACCAUCACUAAAGAUGUGCUUUGCAUACUGUUCGAUUUUCCCAAAAGGUCACAGAAUUGUGAGGCAUGAGCUGAUUGAGCUAUGGAUGGCAGAAGGCUUUCUCCAACCUGAUCAAAGAAAUGACAUGGAGUCUAUCGGCAACACUUUAUUUAAUGUUCUUCUACGCAACUCUUUAUUGCUAAUUGCAGAGAGAGAUGCUUAUGGAAAUGUUGAAAGUUGUGUGAUGCACGAUCUUGUGCAUGAUCUGGCCAGUUCUGUUUUAGGUUCUUCAGAUGACAUUAAUCAAGUUCGAUAUUUGUUUGAUGGAGCUAUAGCAAAAGAAGCAGCAAAGAAUUUGCGUACGUUAAUUUUCCAAGGUGCAAUUACUGAUACCACCAUGUUCUCAAGUUUCAAAUCUUUGCAUGCUCUCACUCUCAACUGUGAUCAAGUUACAGAGUUGCCGAGUUCCAUUAGUAAGUUGAUAUAUUUGAGGCAUCUUAAUAUUUCAAGAACACAAAUUGAAUGUUUGCCAGACUGGAUUUGCGAACUCUGUUACUUGCAAACAUUAAAUGCAUUUACAGAAUCUCUGAGGGAACUGCCAAGUACGUUUAAAUACUUGAUUAGUUUGCGGCAUCUUUAUAUUCAGAGUGGUGUAAAGUUGCCUCCCGAGAUUGGAGCAUUAACUAAUCUGCAAGCGCUGAAGUUUAGAGUGGGCGAGGAGAAAGGAUACAGAAUUGAAGAGUUGGGGAGUUUGGACAAUCUCAAACAACUAUAUAUUGAGAAUCUGGAAAAGGUACGUGACAGUGAAGAAGCCAAGAAAGCAAAAUUAUCUGAGAAGCAAAACUUAAUGGAGCUGCAGUUAGAAUGGGGUGAAAAUGGAGAAGGUGAAAGAAACAGUGAGCCGCUCAAAAUAAAGAAAGACAGAAAUGAUGAGGCUGUGUUGGAAGGCCUCCAACCUCACCCAGAUCUGGAGAGGUUAAAGAUUAUAGGAUUCAAAGGUAAAAGCUUUUCAUCAUGGACUCAGAAGAUGGAAGUCGGAGAUCAUGAAUCGUCUUUGAUAGGGCUUGACAAGUUGAUUGAGAUAACACUCAGUCGCUGCCAAGGAUGUGAAGCAAUCCCGAUACUGGGGCACUUGCCAAAUCUCAAAUCUCUUAGUUUGAGGAGAUUGAGCAAUUUGAGGUCGAUAGAUCCUUCAUUCUACGAGAUUGCCAAUAGUAGUGCCAGAGUCAUCUUUCCAGCACUUGAAAGUAUCUUAUUUUCAGAUAUACCUGAGCUGAGAGAGUGGGGACGAGGAAAACUUGCCAAUGAAGUGAAGGUAUUUCCUUGCCUUCAAUCCUUGAAGAUGUACUACUGCAAGAACUUGGAAUGUCUCCCAAGUUGGUUAUUCUCUGAGGCUCAUAAUCUCAAGGAGUUGGAUAUAAGGCAAUGCUCCAAGUUGAGUAAAUUACCAGAUGGUCUAAACACCCUCGAUUUUCUGGAGUCGAUGACUAUAAAAGGUUGUCAAAAUCUGAAGUCCAUAGUGGAUCCAGCCAGUGGUGGAAGCUUACCUUCCCUUCGUAGUUUGGAGAUUCGUGAUUGCCAAGAGCUGAUGGAAAUGGUGGAGUCGUCGGUCAUGCCUUUGCUCCAGAAAGUGUCUAUGGUGGACCUAAAGAGUCUACAGAAUCUACCCGGCUUUCUUGAUUGCUUGGCAGAAUCACCCUUGCUAGCACAACUGACGAUUGUUGGGGUUCCUAAAUUCAUAUCCACUCCUGGUGUUAAGAUUUGGCCAUUUUGCAGAUUGCGAAAAUUAGAGAUGGAUGUUAGUAGGGAUUGGUCAGAAGAGACCAGUGUGGCCAUUCGAGAAACAGUUAAUGGCAUAUUGGGAAGCUGCAGCUCAUCACUCGGUGAGCUAAAUUUGACAGGGAUAGAAAUUUGGAAAUGUUUGCCUAAAUCAAUUCAACAUCUCACUGUUCUUUAUAGUUUAGAGUUGGAGAAUUUUGGAGUAGAAGAAUUGCCCGAAUGGUUUGGGGAUCUCUCAUCUCUAACAAGGUUGUGUCUAUCUGAUUGUACAAAGCUGAGGGGGCUGCCCUCUGUGCAGCGCCUCACCUCAUUACAGGAGCUGCACAUUCGCGACUGUCCGGAGUUACGGAUUGAAUCUGAGAGGCACAAGAUUUUCCAUCGCACCUUCAUCUACAUUAAUGGUCACCAGCUUUAGAUCUCCUGCUCAAUUGAUCGGCUGCCCCAUUUACUGAACUUGGAAAUGCAUCUUAAGUCUUUCUCGAAUGAGUUUUCAAACAAGCUAAUGAGUGGUUGGUCAGAAGCAACUCAGGAUUGGAGAAAGGUGAAGUCUUCUUGGACAGGAUUGAUGAGCUGAAGCAGAAGGUUAGAGCUGCGACGGCGACUGGAAUGACGCGGCUCCGGCGACUGGCCGGCGACAGUUAUAGUGUAAAGAAAGAAGGAGAGUGUGUACAAAAAAAUGUGUUAUAAAAUGUAAAAUUUAAAUAAAAAUAAAAUUUUAAAUGUUAAAUAAAAAUAUAAAAAAGUCAAAAGGUGUUAUAGUGUUUUAAGCCUAAAAUAGCUAUAGAACUUAUGUACUCCCUCCGUCCCGCGCAAAGUGGUGUGUUUAUUUUAGGCACGGGAUUUAAGGAGUUGUAGAUUAGUGUUUUAAGUGUGUAGGAGAGAGAAGGUAAUAAAGUGAUAAAGUAGAAAAGAGAAGGUGAUAAAGUAGGAGAGGGAAUGUAAUAAAGUGAUAAAGUAGGAGAGAGAAUGUAAUAAGAGAGUGAUUAAGGAAAAUAAGGGGUGUCUAAUUUUUGCCAAAAAAAGAAAAUGCACCACUUUCGGUGGGACAGUCCAAAAAGGAAUACGCACCACUUUCCGUGGGACGGA